GCCGCGGGGCCGCAGCCGCUGCGAGCGCGCUCGUUCAGAUCCCGGCGCGGCCAUGGGCGCAGCGGCUGCUGAGGCGAACCGGACGCUCUUCGUGGGGAACCUGGACCCCAAGGUCACCGAGGAGCUCAUCUUCGAGCUCUUCCACCAGGCGGGCCCCGUGAUCACCGUGAAGAUCCCGAAGGACCGGGACGGACGGUCCAAGCAGUUCGCCUUCGUCAAUUUCAAACACGAGGAGUCGGUGCCGUACGGGCUGCGGCUGCUCAACGGGAUCAAGCUCUACGGGCGGCCCAUGCGCAUCCAGUUCCGAUCAGGGAGCAGUCAUGCAGCGCAGGAUAUCAAUCCAUCCUGUUCCCAGCUCGGAGCUCCUGGCAUCAACCCUCCUGGGAUGCCUCAUCCAGCAUCCAACUGCAGCAGGUAUGAUAGAGUUCCAGAUGGCAUGGCCAGCCCAGGGUUCCAGUCGAGCCUGCAGAGACAAGCAGUGAUGAACAGCGCGGCUCGGCAGCAGCCCCAGUUCGGCGGCAAAUACGAGCAGCCCGGCUUUGCCCCUCCUGGCUACCCGCACUCCUUCCACGGCCUGCCCGGCUCCCCGGGGCCGUGGCGCCCCGAGGGGUCAGCACCGCGCAAGGGCCGGCUGGGCGGCCACCCCUACCCCCUGGACAGCCGCCACUUCGGCCGUGAGCGCUACGGGGACUGCGGCCCCGACUACGGCCGGGGCAAGCGGGACGAGUACGGCUACGACGAGAGGGGCCACGAGCCCGAGCACCACUACCGGGGCCGCGAGGAGCACUACGACGACAAGCACCGCGACAGCUGGAGCUACGAGUACCGCAGGGAGAGCUACAGAGAGGCCAAGUGGCACUCGUCACGGCACUGAGGGACUCGAGGGCAGAGCAAAUGCGACCUGUUUCUCACUGAGUACAUGUAUAAACUCCCCCCCCCAAAAAAAACCUAACCCCAGUGAAGUCACCUUUUAGUGUUUGUAAAAAAUACCAGCAGUGCAGUCCUGCCAAACUUUGGUCUCAGUAUUAAAUGUGUUAACUCACACUUCAGGGCUUUACAUUAACAUUUACAUUGUACAUUACGGUUAAAAAAGCCGUAGUGGAGUUCUGGAGAAACCACCAUUCUGUCCUUGUUCACAGAGAAGGGCUGUUAGAAUUUUUUGUGUUAGAUGGAAGGGUUUAGCGUUUUGUGGGACUGAUGCUGCCUGGUGUCUGCAGCAUUCCUCAUGUCAUUUGUUACACAGAGAAUCACACAAUGGUCUGGGUGGUACCUUAAAGACCACCUCCCACCCCCCUGCCAGAGGUAGGGACACAUUGCACUAGACCAGGCUGCUCAGAACCCUGUCCAGCCUGGCCUUGAACGCUUCCAGUGAUGGAGCAUCCACAAUUUCCAUGGGCAACUUGUCACAGUGCCUAAGCACCCUCACAAUAAAAAAAAUUUUCCUAAUAUGUAAUCCAAACCUACUCUCUUUCAAUACCCCGUUGUCCAUCUAAAAUAUCACAGUAUUGUUUUGGAGAACAUUAAAAGUCUCCCUGGGGAAAGCCCCUGGGUCAACA